CAAAAACCACCACUGAGCCCCCACACUGUUUGGCACUCUUCUUCUAUAUAAGCCCACCACAGCCACUCUGUUUCCUCACCUUCUGUCCUCCCAAACUCCAAGAUUUAAAGAACCAUCAAGACAAAUUAAUGGCUUGCUUUACGUCUUCUCCCGGAACAAAUUGUUCUGCCAAGGUGACCAACAGCCCUGCUGAAGGAUCUAAAUCCAUCGUUGCACCCACCAAAUCAGUGUUGCCUUUCAAGCUUGCAACCCCAUCUCUCACUGAGAAUUCAAGACUCCUUCUUUCAAAGACUUCAAGCUUUAACAGCUUCUCUGUCACCAAGAGAUCUUUCUCCUGCAGAAACCAAGCGGCCUCAUCUGAUGACACGAGACCCAGCAAGGUUCAAGAGCUGUAUGUGUACGAGAUCAAUGAGAGAGAUCGUGGGAGUCCAGCUUUUCUCCGCUUGAGCCAGAAACCUGUCAAUUCUCUUGGUGAUCUUGUUCCUUUUACCAACAAAGUUUACACGGGAGACCUGAAAAAACGUAUAGGAAUAACGGCAGGAAUAUGUGUGCUGAUCCAAAACAAGCCAGAGAAGAAUGGCGACCGUUACGAAGCCAUAUACAGCUUCUACUUCGGUGAGUACGGGCAGAUAUCGGUGCAGGGACCCUACUUGACCUACGAGGAUACGUAUCUGGCGGUGACAGGUGGAUCGGGCAUUUUUGAAGGGGUGUCUGGUCAAGUUAAGCUCCAACAGUUAGUAUUUCCAUUCAAGCUGUUCUAUACCUUUUACUUGAAGGGGAUUAAGGACUUGCCUGAGGAGCUGCUAGGCGAUCCUGUUGACCCGAACCCUUCUGUAGAGCCGCACCCUGAUGCUAAGGCUGCCCACCCACAUGCUGCUAUUGCUAAUUUCACUGAUUAAUGAGUUAAGCAUUUAGGGGAAAAUGUUAUAAUAAAGCUUGCUGGUUUGUUUUGGGAAUAUCUGCAUGGACGAAUUUAUUAUGUAUGAAAUGAAAUGUCGUUUUCCGUUGUUGUUUUCAUGUA